GUUCAAAAUCCAUACAAGAUACAACUGAUAAAUGAAUCAUCGCACCAUAUGAUUUGUAAAUAAACAGCUGAUCAUUGACAAAAUUUAUACAAAAUAAAAAUAAUUUGCUCCACUUCCGUCUGCUGAUUUUGUGUGCAUUGAGAAUUCUCAUUUUUAGAUCCCUGGAACUCGAAUUUGGUAAAGUAGGUUGUGUCUUCUAAACUACAGAUGUCCAAUAAUUUCUGAUUUCUUCAAAGGUCAGUUGAGAAGUUCGGCGGUCUAUGAAAGUACAUGGCUCUUAAUCUUACAAUUUGAAAAUAAUAACUCCAUUUAUACAAACAUGAAGAAAGGAAUCGAGCAAGAUGAUGUGAUAGUCAUCAACACACACUCAUGUCUCGCCGAACAUGAUUAUUUUUGCAAGUAUCCUGUAAACGAUUACAAUCUGAUUGGCAACGACUCAGGAAGCGAGAGUGAGACUGAAGUACAGUUUAGAGACAGAGACAGCGACAGUUGCUCCACAACUUCUGUCAAUAAUGCAGACACUGCAAGUAACUUGGAAAGUGAGAGUGAAUCGUCAAGUGACGAAAGCUCUUCUGAAAGCGAAGAAGAUACAAACAAACAUGUCUGGCCUUGGAUGAAUAACAGUUCUGUUGGCGCUUCUUCAAAUGAAUUAAUACCCUUGAAUCAAUACGAUGAACAUGUCCUCCUGGAAGAUCUUGAAACUACGGUGAAAAUGGUUCCAAAAGAAAAAUUAGAUCGAUCAGUUUAUCCACUGUAUUCUAAACUGAAGCUGAGACGUUUGAAGCGCUCAAAGGGUUGCAGUUAUUUCAAUUUUGACGAUUAUCUUCGUUCUUACCAUGAGAGGAAAAGAAUGAGAAAAGGAAAAAGAAUCGAUAGCGAGGAAGCGACCAAGGUAAAAUCUGAUCCUUCUCCGAGGGACGGCAUUGAAGAAAAUACAUUGUUGUCGAGAGGCAUAUACCCAGACGUUGAUUUUGUUUGUAGUCAAUACACUAACAGAACAUUGAAACCGUUCAUUUGGCGCGAUACCUCGUGUAGGCCUCCUUAUCUGAAAGUACUACAUGAAUUAAAAAGUAAAAGAGGUGUUGAGACUGGUCCAAGCAAUUCUGAUUUCAUAUCAGGAGACUCCAUCGAUUACAGUUAUUUGAAACCUCAACAUAUCCAGACAAUCAAUAACCUGUGUUGUCGCUAUUUUUGGCCUGGAAUUAAUGUGACAGACUCCUUGCAGUAUCCUGAUUUUAGUUGCGUUGCUCUGUACAAGAAACUGAUUGUUGGAUUUGCUUUCUUGGAGCCUGAUUUCUCAGCUACUGAAACUUAUCUCACGUUUCUAUUCACAAGACCACAGUGGCGAGGGGCAGGCAUUGCUACAUUCAUGAUCUACCAUUUGAUAAAUACAUGUGUGGGGAAAGACAUCACCCUACAUGUGGCUGCAGAUAAUCCGGCAGUUAUUCUAUAUCAGAAAUUCGGUUUCAAAGUUGAACAGUUUAUUCAAAACUUUUACGAUAAGUACAUUCCUAUUGAUAAUCAAGGCUGUAAGCACGCACUGUUUUUACGGCUCAGUAGGUGAUGGCCUUCAUAAAAUAUUGAUCAGUGAGGUGGCUUAUUAGACGUUUGGAACUUGAAUGGAGUAAUUAGCCUAAGUAGCCGAAUUACGUCAAGAUGAUGAUAAUAGCGGUUUGGUAUAAAACUAAUUUAUGAUAAGUGCAAACUUAGUUCAAUUAGUAUUAUAGUGAAUCGGACACUAGAUUUAGAUGUGAGACAACUAAUUUAUUGAAAUUACACCAAUUGAGUGCAUUAGAUAGGUUAAAUUAUUAAUAAUAAUAACAUUGUUGUUAUACAUCAUUUUGGCGGAAUAAACAUUUUUAGAAUAUCGA